CUAAUUCAUUCGUAUAAGACUUAAGGGUUUUCCCAAAUUCAUAAAAAUUAGGGUUUUGUGAAAAAUCACUGCGUCUUUCAGAUUUUCCAAUACGCGAAGAAAUAUGUCGAAGAAGAACAAUCUCGCAAAGAGAAAGAGGCAGCACGAAUUCGAACUCCGAAGAGAGAAACUAGAGAAGGAAAAGAAAGAUAAGAAGCUACAGGCGAAGAAAAACAAGAUGAAAGUUGAUGGUAGUGACAGGAAAAAGAAGAGUGGAAGUGGAUUUCAGGUGGGAAAGAAAAAAGUGAAGACCAAGUUGACUGCUCUGUCUAAAGCUAAAGCUGCCCAAGCAAUGGAGCUUGACAAAUAAGUCUUUUUGUUUAGGCUGAUGCGUUGAAAAACCGAUAGAUGACAGAGUUGUUUUAAGGUUCUGUUUCUGUAUUCUUUUUUGUGUUACACUAUUUGACUAUGAGAGUGUGAUGAGAUGUAUAUUAGGUAACUAAGCUCAUUGUAGUUGCUGUUUCUCUCUUGCAAUUUUGUCUCUAAUCAGCUAUAUACUUUUAUCUUUAUAUAUUGUAAUUGAUUAAUGAAAUUUUCACUUAUGAUGACUGGGAGACAGAAUCAUCCAUCAUGGGAUGAAAUUCACCCACCAGAAAGAUAAUGAGUUCUUUA